AUGCUAGGCCAACGACAGACCGUCUCUGCUAGCCUCGAGAGCGCGGAAUACGGAUCGCUCGGCAGGCAACGUGCGUGCGGUUGGACCCGUUUUGGCAUCACGCAGCUGCUCUUUGGGAAAUCAGUCAACGUUGCGUAUCCACUGGCGAUGGGGCUUCGUCUUUCAGCCGCGCCGGUUUGGGCUUCGGGCCAAGGCAGACUGCAGACUGCAGACCAAAGGGCGCGACUGGCAGGCGAGGCCUGUGCCCGUGCUGCGGCUCUCCUGUAUAACGCUCUGAUGUCUCUGGCCGGGACCCUUAUUUCCAUCGUGCUCUUGUUCCCCUUGAGCAAAGAAAACCAAGGCUACAACACACACAACACGAUGCUGCAUCUACUACUGCUUCCUCUCCUCUCUACAGGGGCUCUUGCUGCCAGCAGCAGCGUGACCCUGACCGGCACUGGAUGUGCCGAUUCGUCUGGCUUCGAGAGCUGUCAGAAGCAGGCAAACGACCAGAUGAGCUCCUGUAUUGCCCAGGCCAAGAAGGACAACAGCCAACAGGAGCUACUGGCCUGCGGAUGUCAAAACUACGUCGACAACUACAACUGCUAUUCCGCCUUUUGCUGGAACCGAGUCUGGCAGUGCGAGUACCAAAACUACAUCACCGACUAUUUCCUCAACUGCCCCAUUGCCAAGCUGCCUGUGCCCUAUUUCCCGACGCCAAACAACGCCCCUAAUGCAUGCUCAUGCAACCUGGGCAAGGUAUUCCUCGCCUACCAGGAUGCCAUCCAGGAGACGGCAACCUGUUCAAACAAUGCAAACUCGGGCGAUGCCAGCAGCAACCUUCAGCAGAUUCAGGGGUGCGACUGCUGCGAAAUUAGCGGUGCCAUCUCAACCUUCCUCAACAUCUGCCCUGAAACCGAUCCCGCCCUCCUUGGCCUGGGAAACGUGAACGCGCUUGAGUCACAACUCAACACACCAUUUGAUUCAUGCGGCCCGUAUCUGGAUCAAUAUGACUGCAUCAAGGACCUUGGAUACUCUCUCGAUGGAGUCAGCACAUUCUACAAGCCGACGAACCUUCCCGCCACUGGAACAGCAACGCUCAGCAACAAUGCCGGAACUGUGACCGCGCCUGCUAGCGGAUCAGUCUUUACUUACACUAAUGGCGGCGAUGGAACCGUCUAUACCAUUACCGCUGCAGGCGUCAAGGGAUCUAGUGGCUCCGGCUCCGGCUCUGGUUCAGGAUCAGGAUCAGGAUCGGGCUCUGGCGACGGCUCAGGUUCCAACGACUCUCAGACUACCGCUUCUGACAACGGAGCCUCAAAUACCGGAAGCUCUGCACAGGACAGCACUGCUGCUGCUGCGAGCCCAACCAAGACUGGAUCGGGCAAGAAUGCUGCUGGAGUAGUCACUGCAAGCCUUUAUUUGGUAGCAGCGGCGAUGGCUAUGCCUCUCCUUGCUUGCUUUUAG